AUGGGAGUGGGAUGGCCAACGGGAGGAACUUUUCAAUACCAAAUUAUAGAUGAUUUGACUUCGUUAAUUGCUGCAAAUGAAGAACGCUAUCCGAAUCAGUUUCCAUAUAUAGAUCAGUGGGGAGAUGCUGUAGCAGGGCAAGCUGAUGAAUUAUUACAGUGUCAAGCUGAAAUGGUUCGCCUGUGUGUGGCUAGACCGAAGAAAAAGGGGAAGUUGAGGUUAGCGUCGAGACGUGUCAAAAAUGCAGCAGCUUUGGGAAUGAAAGAGUCAGAGAGGAAAAAGAUUUUUGCCCAAGACGAGGAGGAACUCUUCAGACCUCCCCCUCCCUAUGCAUCGGCACCUCUGCCACCGCAGGGGGCUGUAGGCAUUCCUGUGCCCCAGGCAAUGGGUGCUGCUGUUGCGGACGGUGGAGAUAAGGAUCUGGAAAGUGCUGUGGGGGCAGGGGAUUAUCAGGCAGCAGGAGGGGCAGUGAGAAAGGAGCCCAAGGAUGGUGGUUUAGGGGCUACGGGGAUUAGAAGAGAAGGGCCAGUAACUAGACGAUUGGGGGCGGAAAGGGCGAAAGCCGAGAAAGAGGAAAGUACGUUACUAGAAGAGAAGGAAGGACUUUUUCCGUUAAGAGUAUCGGAACAACAGGUGGGCGUCAAUGCCCAGGGAGAUCUUGAAUACCGCCCUUGUUUUCAAUACAUCCCUUUUUCAACUACGGAUUUAUUGAAUUGGCGGCAGCAUUUUGGUCCGUUGUCCGUCAAGCCCACGGAAAUGACGGACCUGUUUCAAACCAUUAUGCAUAGCCAUAACCCCAAUUGGCGAGAUAUACAGCAGCUGUUAACUACGUUGCUAACAGCGGAAGAGAGAGAGAAAUGUAAGGCGGGAAUGCGGGAAGUUUUUAGAGAACGUUAUCAUACAGAAGUAGACAGAGCUCAGAAGCUUUUGGAAGAGGCACCGGAACGGGAUCCUGGAUGGGAUCCUAAGGUAGCAGGUGACAUGGCAAAGAUACAAACGUAUCAAACCUUGAUAGUGGCAGCUCUCAAAAAGGCAGGAAAACCCCCUGUGAAUUUGUCUAAGCCCUCAUUGGUUAUGCAAGGAGCGGAUGAGAGUCCAGAGGCGUUCCUUCAGAGGUUGAUUGAGGCUUAUGAGUUGUACACUCAAAUGGACCCGAGGGCUCCAGAGAAUGUGAGGAUGUUGAAUGAGAGAUUUAUUGUACAGAGUGCAUUGGAUAUUCGUAAGAAAUUGCAAAGGUUAGAGGGAGCAUUGGGAAAGAAUACAACUGAGUUGGUGGAGGUGGCUAGGAAAGUGUAUGUUAAUAGGGAUAAGGUUGAGAAAAAGGACAAAGAUGAUCGUAUGCAUAAGAAGACAGAGUUAUUGGCAUUGGCAUUACAGGGCGGAAGAACGGGUUUAGGUCCAAAUCAAUGUGCCCAUUUGCAGGGAGUGUCUGGACAAGUUGUAGGACGUCAAGUCUUGAAACCAGUCACCUGUACUUUCAAAGGCUCUGAAAUUCAACAUGAGUUCCUGUAUAUACCCGAAUGUCCUGUCCCAUUGUUAGGAAGGGAUUUGCUAAGUAAGUUAGGAGCAACUAUUUCCUUUGAUGAGGGAAAGCAGUAUCUCACUGUUAGUCACCGGCCUGAUGAAAUGUGGAGGUUGAUGGUGGUAAGGACGUCUGAGGAAGAACGUGUGGACGUAUGGAGGGAAUUUGAUGUACCAGGGCUAUGGGCUGAGGAUAACCCUCCGGGGUUUGCAGCACAUCACCCCCCUAUUAUUGUAGAAUUAAAGCCCCUGGCAACUCCUGUCCACAUUGGGCAACGACGUUAUUGGAGGGAAGCCAUCCUGUCUAUUUAUGACUGUAUUCUAACAUACUUAGAAGCUGGAGUUUUGGUUCCUAUUCAAUCCCCAUGGAACACUCCAAUCUUGCCUAUCCUAAAACCAGACGGGUCCUUUAGACCAGUGCAAGAUUUGCGUGUGGUGAAUGACAGGACUGUCACAAUUCACCCGUCCGUGUCUAAUCCAUAUACUCUUCUCAGUCUCAUCCCACCUAAUGCUACAUGGUUUUCGGUGAUUGAUUUAAAGGAUGCCUUCUUUACUAUACCUAUUCAUCCUGUUAGUCAGCCAUUGUUUGCUUUUGAAUGGGAAAAUCCGUAUACUGGAACAAGGAGCCAAUAUACCUGGACCAGGUUACCUCAGGGGUUCAAAAAUUCCCCAACUCUCUUCGGGACCGUGUUGGCCAAAGAUUUACAAUAUUUUGUCCCCCUUCAACAGGGAGAUUCAAUUUUGCAAUAUGUGGAUGAUGUGUUGGUCACUGGACAGUCACAGGAUGGUUGUUGGGAAAAUACGAGACGUAUGUUGUGUUUGCUGUUAGACUGCGGGUAUCGAGUGUCCAGAAGCAAAGCUCAGUUGGUUCAGCAACAAGUCCGUUAUUUAGGUUAUGAUAUAAUGCAAGGGCAAAGAGCACUAGGACUGGAGAGAAAGCGGGCAGUGCUUAAUCUUGCGAGGCCAACUGAUAGGAGGCAAUUGAGGGGCUUUCUAGGCUUGGCAGGUUUUUGUAGGAUUUGGAUUCCAAAUUUUGCAUUAAUGGCGGCUCCACUUUAUUCUUCUACUAAGGGAAGUAAUACAGACCCCUUCCUUUGGACAAAGGAGCAGGAUCAGGCCUUUAUUGCAAUUAAAGAGGCCUUAUUAAGAGCUCCAGCUCUGGCCCUGCCCAAUUUAAGUAAGCCCUUCAAUUUGUAUGUGGAUACACGAAAGAAUGUUGCUUUAGGAGUACUGACUCAGCAACUUGGUCAGUGGCAACAACCAGUUGCAUAUCUAUCAAAACAACUAGAUGCUGUGGCGCAAGGAUGGCCGCAUUGUUUGAAGGCUUUAGCAGCCAUUGCAGAAUUGCUGCAAGAUUGUAAUAAACUCACUUUUUCCUGUCCGAUCAAGGUCCACACCCCACACUCUAUUCAAGCAAUUCUUGAUCAGAAGGGCCAUUUGUGGAUUAGUAACCAACGAAUCAUCAAAUACCAGGCUAUGAUGAUUGAAAACCCUCAGGUUCAUCUAGUGGUUUCUACCUCUUUAAAUCCGGCCACUCUCUUGCCUACAGAGACAGAGGUGGAACAUGAUUGUGUACAGGUGUUGGAAACCGUUUAUUCCACACGCCCCGAUUUGACUGACAUACCUUUGCCCCGGGUGGAUUAUAAUUGGUAUACCGAUGGGUCUAGUUAUAUCCACCAAGGGAUGAGGGUUGCAGGCUAUGCCAUUGUUGAUGAUGAUGAGGUGAUUGAAAGUGGGCCGUUGGGAGCAGAAAAAAGUGCGCAAGUGGCAGAAUUAUGGGCCCUCAUUCGGGCAUUGGAACGGGCUGAAGGUGAACGCUUGAAUGUAUGGACGGAUAGUAAAUAUGCCUUUUUAACCUUACAUGCUCAUGGUGCUGUAUACAAGGAAAGGGGACUUAGGGAUUCAGCUGGCAAGUAUAUACAACAUAGCCAUUUAAUUCAGAGAUUGAUAGAUGCUGUCCAAAAACCAAAAAAGGUGGCUGUUAUGCAUUGUAGAGGUCAUCAACGAGGUGAUGAUAGAAUCGUUUUAGGGAACAGGGCAGCGGACGCUGAAGCACGAGCUGCAGCAUUGCGUCAUGAGCCCUUGCCAGACUUGUUUAUUAAUGUUGCCUUGGAUUUAGGGGUUAUACCAGUAGACAUCCAACCCUCUUAUUCUUUAUCUGAAUGUGAUAAGGCAGUUAACGAUUUGAUGGCGGUCAUCGAUAAGGGCUGGUAUGUUCUUCCGGAUGGAAGAAUAUAUGUGCCUUCCUCGGUGGCAUGGCAAUUGGUUCGUUCCACUCAUGAAACCACUCAUAUGGGGAAAACGGCUUUGGAAUCUGCUCUUAUGAGGGAUUACUAUAUAGAUGGGUUAGCAGGGAUGGCGGUAAAAGUGGCGUCUUCCUGUGAAACUUGUGCUAAGGUUAAUCCUAGGCAAGGUCCUUCCCUUCCACCGGGAACUAUACCUAUUGCCUAUUACCCUAUGGACACAGUCAUGAUUGACUUUACUGAUAUGCCACGAAGUGGGUUUUAUAGGGCUAUGUUGGUUAUUGUGGAUUUGUAUACGGGAUGGCUGGAGGCUUUCCCUACUCGGACGAAGAAGGCACAGGAAGUAGCAAAGGUUUUACUUAAAGAGAUCAUUCCUCGAUUCGGUAACCCCUCCUUUAUUUCGUCAGACAAUGGCCCGGAGUUUGUUCAUCACAUUAAUCAAGCCAUUGCACAAGCUAUAGGGAUUGCGGAAUCUAAAACCUGGAUACAUUGGACCCGUGUAAAGAGGGCCGCUGACAAACAAUGGACCACACAUCCCAGCGACCAACCAUUGAAGUUGAAACUGAUUCGUCGAGAUGUUGGAAAUAUGAUACGGAUGGAAAUAUCCCGUAACACCCCAUCCAUAGUGACAUAUGGCUUUGGAAUUGAUGGCCAAGGGUUGGACCCAAAGACGUACAUAACUAUUAAAGUGGAGAAGGUUAAAGAUGGAGAAGUAAAAACCCUUGGAUGUUUAUCCUUAAUAGCAGAGCGAAAAGCAACAGCACAGGUAAUGGCUUUAUGGGAAUAUGAGAAAAUGCGUCCUGUGGAAGAACCAUCCAAUGAACCUGAGUAUGUGACUCUUCUGGAAAUGUCAGAUGAGUCACAAAGGGGGGACUAA